UCCGCCGUCGCGCUGUGCGAGCGCUCCAGUGCACAGCCGGUCGCUCGGCGUCGUCUGCGCGCUGCACACUGCGACGACUACGCACUGCUGCGAACGUGUUCGCCAGCAUGCCUGGCUGAUCGCGCCGGAGUUGCACACUAUUUGAUGGGCGUUCCUCGCGCAUACGAUGACCCACGCAAUUAGCCGCGUCACUUUCAUCACUGCACUACUUGCAGCGGUGUCGCCAGCGUUAGCAGCCUGUGAUGCAGAGGAGGCUGUCACUGGACUCCAACAGUGCAGGAACCAGAUCCACCAGAUAGAGAAACACAGAUUUAAUGCUUCCAACGCCGACCACAUAGAACAAGUAUGCUGCAGCGCCACGGUCCAGUUCGAAGACUGCAUCCGCGAAGCAGUACGUCUUUCAGGCUGCCACCACGAAGUGGACUACCUUGUGACCCUGAUGAUGACUAAAACGCGAGAACUUUUAAGCCACAUGUACAGCGCCAACUGCUGGUACCGCUGCAGCCCAGCCGCCGCUGCCAGUACGCCGUUCGCCCCUGCUGGACUUAUAGCAGUGACACUUGUGGUGCUGUGGAGGACAUGAAGCUGGUGACCCUGGUCGCCCGCGAGUGCUGUGAUGCGACCCCGAGAGGCAGUGUUUUGCAGCAACAGAGCACCUACACUCGAACACCUAGUGCGGCAAUGCAGCAACUGUAGCUGCAACGUGUUUCCUUUAAUUUUUUCCAUUAUCAAAAUUCCAGAUUUACCAUAUUACCUUCGCAUUGCCCAUUUGUCGAGAUAGUCAAGCAGAAAGAGUGCUGUUCAGCAAACGGUGUGUGUAUCGGGCUCGCACGUCUCUUAAUGAAUGAAAUGUUUGCCGAGGGCUCUGCUUUGCAGCACAUAAAUGCAAUGAAAAACUGCAAGGCUGUUUCCCCGAUAAAACAAAAUCUAGGAAGAGGUUUACUCAUGUACGACAUUUCUGCCUUGGCAAACGACUUGGCUCUGCUGGAAACGUCGUACGUGUUACUCCUCUGCACUUCGCAUCCUGCGAUGUGCUGUCAAACAAUAUAUUCACACUGAAUGACUCCAACAAUUCAACAAUUUCUUGUAGAAAAUAUGUCAAAAUGUUCAUCAUAUCUCCCAAGUUCUAUCUUCUUUCGGUGACGAGAGAUGUGGGAAGGUCCACCUGUAACAAAACCACAGAAGGGUCCAUCUUUGUCCUUGAAGCCGAAGGUGACCAAGCUACUUAAUGCACAAUAAAUGACUUUUCUCAGCUAAAUUACUGUGUUAAUGACAUCACCUGUGUGAGCUUAAUAAAGGCGUCUAUUCAAGCUCACCGUAAAUCUGGCAAAACACAUAAGUCAAGCAGAUGCCAUCAGGCGUAAACCGUCAGGCCCGCCGGUGCCUCAAGCAUUACUAUCCUGGGUUACAAGGAAUUUGAGAGAAAUCGCAGGUGAGAAAGUGAUGGAUAAUCCUUGCGGAGCGAUGCAUCGGAAGUAUAUAAAGAUUACACAUAUUAUUUCAUGAAAAAUGAUACUGAAUUUUUUUUCUACUUGUGGGGCUGAUUUAUUGCAGGGAUAGCAGCGCCUGCUGACACUGUGACCACACGACCUUGUAAACACGCGCAUGUCAUGUUUUACUUCAGCAAGGACUUAAUUUUUUCUUAGCCCUGUUACUUUUCCUGACAGGGCGUAGCAUUAAUAUUGCCAAGCAAUUAUUCACGCUUUUGUAGUACAGACACCAAGUUUACUCAAAUUCACGCUUACUAUAUAUAUAUCAAAGUAGAUGUGAACUCCGUCAUUACCACAAGGUACAGCAGUAAUCUACCAGUGUUACAGUACUGUAAUGUUUCUGUAUUCAUUUAACUUGUAUUUUGUGUUUUGUAUGUUCAAGUUCGUAGCUAGCGCGCUUUUUUCCUGGCGAUGUCCACAAAGCUGCUCGCCACUGUAUUACUCUGUUAAGCAUCACUAAAUGGCCCAAUUGUAGUAAUUAUAAAUAAAAUAAACUGACUCAGAACUAUAUUCAAGAAAAUAUAUGUGAAACGCACACACACGGCAUGUGCAUUCCAGUAAUCUUAUAAUGCCCACAUUACAUGGACAAAGACCACAUAAUUAUCAAAGGCACCGACAACAGAUCUUUAAGGACCUAGUUUUUUACGGUGCAACGCAAGGCUCACCCUCGGCAGUCCUUACAUCUGCAGCGGUUACUUCCAAAAGCGCGUAGAUAUUUAGUAAGCAGAAUUUUUCGAUCUGAGCAGCCUCUAAAAAAGUAAGAGUCCCUCCUCCAGCAACGCUAAGAAGCGAGAGCGAUGUCGAUAGCCCGCCGCGCAAAUUGUGAAAGCUUCUCAUCGUUCUGCUUUCACAGGAGAAAGUGCGACUGUGGUUAACCACUUACAUUUUGACCCUUCAAACCACUUUUGAAAAUAAAAAGCUGGUGUAAUAAGUUCG